CGACGAUUGGCAGGGAACCACCACUGCCCCCCCUCGACCCACUUGAUGAUCAGCUGUUGGCACUGUCAGGCUGAUGUGGCGUGGCUGGGCAGCUGGUUAGAUCUGAUGCAGCUGUCAGGAAAUUCAUGAUUUUGCACCUUUCCCGGAAAUUCACGUGCUGCUCGCAUAUCUUGAAGAUGUCGGCCGGCAUAUCUUCAUUUCCUUGUCCCGUAUUCGUGUACGGCACGCUAAAAACCAAUGAACCAAAUCAUGCGGUCCUCACUGAUGGCAAGAACGGCACGGCUACCUUCGUGGCAACUGCUAGAACAGUAAAAAAAUGGCCAUUAAUUAUUGCAUCCAGUUAUAACAUUCCCUAUUUGCUCUAUAUCGAAGGCAAAGGACAUCAUGUGUACGGAGAACUUUACAAUGUCAAUGAGAAGAUGCUAGAGACACUGGAUAAGCUGGAGUGCCACCCUGACUACUAUGAACGUACCAUGGAAGAGGUUGAAAUCCUAGGCAAGGAGAGCACCAUCACAACAGCUGCAAUAUAUUUUCUGAAGAAGUACAAGCCUGUAUUAAUGGAGAAGCCAUACUUGGAGACAUACUCUUCCGAAGGGGAUCAUGGACUGCAGUAUGUUCCAAGUGAAGACACAUCUUCAGUGGAUGACAUUGAAGACUGACAUCACUUUUGCACAUGCAUGUUCAUAAUUGUAACAACUGGUUUUGAAACUGCAUGGAAAUGUUUACUUGUUGGGUAAGUUUCUAGGCUAAAGAAUGGCAUUCUUCAAAACGAAUAACGAUGACAACAUGGGAAAUUAAAGCAGACUUCACCCAACAAGUAGUG